AUGAGUGCCACCACUACCGUCACCGAGCCGCCGAGAAUCACGGCUGAGAACGUCGCGACUCUCUUCCCCGAGGUUGACACUUCUCUGGCGCGGGAGGUGCUCCCCACUGCGACAAGCAAUGCCUCCGCCCCCGGCGACGAGCUUGCCGGUUAUGAUGAGGAACAGGUCCGCCUGAUGGAAGAGGUGUGUAUUGUGCUGGAUGAAGAUGACAAGCCCAUUGGCAGUGCCAGCAAGAAGGCCUGCCACUUGAUGACCAACAUUGAUCGCGGCCUCCUCCACCGUGCUUUCUCCGUAUUCCUUUUCGACUCGAACAAGCGUCUGCUGCUUCAACAACGUGCGACCGAGAAGAUCACCUUCCCCGACAUGUGGACGAACACCUGCUGCUCCCAUCCCCUGGGCAUCCCUGGAGAGACGGGCUCGCAGCUCGAUGCGGCCGUGCUGGGCGUGAAGCGCGCGGCGCAGCGCAAGCUGGAACACGAGCUUGGUAUCAAACCGGAGCAGGUGCCGCUGGACAAGUUUGAGUUCUUCACCCGCAUCCACUACAAGGCGCCCAGUGAUGGCAAAUGGGGAGAGCACGAGAUUGACUACAUUCUGUUCAUCCAGGCGGACGUCGAUUUGAAUGUCAACCCCAACGAAGUGCGCGACACGCGGUACGUGUCGGCGGACGAGCUGAAGCAGAUGUUCGAGCAACCGGGACUGAAGUUCACGCCGUGGUUCAAGCUGAUCUGCAAUUCGAUGCUUUUCGAGUGGUGGAGCCAUCUGGGCUCGGCGUCGCUUGAAGGAUACAAGAACGAGCAGCAGAUCCGGAGGAUGUAA